CGCCCGCCCAGCUGUUCCGCCUGUGUUUGUUGUGCCAAGGAGGCCCCGCCGCCGCCGCGCUCUCCGCCUUGCGCCCGGCGAUUGGCUGGCGGGCAUCACGUGGGCGCGAUCAGCUGGGCCGGCUGCGGGCGGUCGGCCUGGCGGGGACCCCAAAGCUGGCUGGUGAGCCCACCUGGAUGCUCCUCCCUGCUGGCGGAGAUAGGCACACGCCUGCGCACCCCCUGAUUUCACGCUGCUGGGCAGAGCCCUGUUGGAAAGCUGAGGAUUUUUAUUUCAGGUGUCCUCUGACAGAUGGAAAAAUCUCGAAGUUUUAAGAACUUUAGCUCUCAAAAUGGGCAGAAUCUUCCUUGAUCAUAUCGGCGGUACCCGUCUGUUUUCUUGUGCAAACUGUGAUACGAUCCUUACCAACCGCUCAGAACUCAUCUCUACUCGGUUCACAGGCGCCACUGGUAGAGCAUUUCUUUUUAACAAGGUAGUUAACUUGCAGUACAGUGAAGUUCAAGAUCGGGUCAUGCUCACUGGCCGCCACAUGGUUCGAGAUGUGAGCUGCAAAAACUGCAAUAGCAAACUGGGAUGGAUCUAUGAGUUUGCUACUGAAGACAGCCAGCGUUAUAAGGAAGGCCGUGUGAUCCUGGAACGUGCACUAGUUCGAGAGAGUGAAGGCUUUGAGGAGCAUGUACCAUCUGAUAACUCUUGAAGAAAAAAGAUAAAUCCGUCUUUUCCCAGGUCUCCUUCACUGAAAACAGAAAUCUACUUACAUACACUGUCACCUUAGCAUCAGAGUCGGAUUCAUGAACUGCAAACAAGAGGGUGUGAGAACUGAGAUGGAACCUUUCUUUCUUUCUUUCUUUUCAAUUUUGUAUUUCCCAUCCAACAGCAGUUUGUAGAGAGAAUUUUUGCAGAUGCCGUUAAUUUUUUCCUUUUGUUUACAUCUUGAGGCAGAUGAGUCUGCAGUUAUGUGGUGGGCUGUGUGAGGGGAAACUUGGCCCCUACAGUGAAAAGGAGUGUUUUUGUACAUUUUGCGUGGAGAAUAUGUCAAGAGCAUGGUUUUUAAAUUUAUUUGGGCUUUGUUUUAAACUUUCUUUUAAACCCAGUUAUUUCACUUAAUUUGCUAGCUUCAAGAAGAGAUCCGAAUCUGUGCCCAGCGCUGGAGGCUCAGUGUUAGUGUGGCUUGUGCUGGCCAGUGUGCCAUAUUCUUGUUGGAGAGGAACUGUAGCACCAGAACCCAUUUUCCUUGUCAGUCCUGACCCACGAUGUCACCACCCCUAGUUACUUGUCACCAAACACGUGGUGUUGAUUGGAGAUUUCCUGAAAUGGGGCAGAACUGCUUGGCUGUCUUUCCCAUGUAACUUAAGCAUAGUAAUAUAAAUAAAGUGAUAGUUGGA